CCCAUACAUGUCGAGGUGCCGUGCUGGUGUCGUCACGGAGAGAGAGACUGCAUUCGUCAUGGCGCGAGUCAAUUACUGUUUGAAUCUUUCAAAACAAAAAAACAUGGUUCAGAGUGUUGAUUCUUAACCUAAUACUUUAAAGUUGCAGUAGACUUAGUUUCAAGGUUGACACAUAUGAAGCUGUAGUCAUCUAACACACAACAAUGGAUUCCAGCCAGGAGGCAAGGAAACGUCAACAAGAUGAGGAAUUUGAUCAUCACCUUGUACAGAUGAAACCGUUUGUUCUGCGAUUACCACACAAGUCAGAGAGGCAGUGUUGUGCAUUAUGGAUCAAGAAACUAUGCGAGCCACAUGGAUCAGGUGUCAUAGGCAGAAAAAAUCGGAAUAUGUAUUCGAAGCUCUUACUGCACAUGCUCAAAAGAGGAGUGAUCGAAGGUCCAUUCACCAGUAAACCAGAAAGUGGACCACUGCCGACACUCCCAUCGUACAUGGCAAUCUAUUUUGACGAUCCAAUCAGUGUACAGGAUAAGAGUCAAAAAAGCCAUUUCCUACCUGAUUGGGUGACAGGCGAACUUGGUGAGUUCUCGUCCACUCAUCCAAUCAAGAUUGGAGAACCAAGUUCAUCAUCAACUCUUAGAAGCAGACAACACAUUGACCCCAACACCGAGGUGACAUGGUCUCCUAGAAGGCGAACAAAAACAGCUGAUGACAUCCUCUCUCGUCCUAGUGACACCGAUUUCGAGGCAAAAGUUGCAAAGGCAAGGGAAAGUAUUCGGUCAAGGAGUAAACCAUUAUAUAACUUAUCGUCAGAUGAUGAAAAAGAGAAUGGGGCUCCAGUGCGUAGAUUGAAAUCUCCCCGACGGAGUAAGGGUGAUGCAAAGGCUAGAAGUGAUGCAGCAAUUAAACCAGAUUGGUUGUCGGAGUCUGACACCGAUACAAUGUCUAAACAACUUAAAGCAACUGCCGGACAUCAUAAAGAUUCAGUCGCUAAUGAUGAGGGCGCUAUUGUACGAGCUCAUGAAAAAGAAAUGGAGAUGAAAACUAAGAUGUUAGAAGCGAAAUUCCAUGAAGAGAAACUAACAAUCCAACAACUACAUGAUCAAGCAAUACAAAAGAUUCUGGACAGAAAGAAUGCAGAACUUGAAGAUAUAAAGAGUCACUACAGAACGAAAGGCUCUGAUCUUGAAGAUGCUAAUAGAAAACUACAGAAAAGGGUGAAUUUGCUGGUGAAUGAAGUUACAUUACUUCGGGAAAGCAAGGAGAGGCAGGUAGCAGAACUGAAGGCUGCGAUGGAACACACCAGCAAAACCACACAGAACCAACAUGAUAAACAAUUGCAUGACGCCAUAGCAGAUUUUGAACAGGAGAAAUUUGAGAUGCAAAAAGCACACACAAAAAAUAUUCAGGGGAUUCUGGAGGACACCAAUGCCCGGCUUCAACAGAUGGAAGAAGACUACGGAUCACAGGUAGAAAAACAUGCAAAUGUCAUCAAAGAGCUGGAGGCUCGUCUUCAGGAGUUAAUGGAAGAGUCAGAAAAUAUAGCAACAUCUAAAUUAAUACUUAAUGAGGAAAAGAUGCAGCUGGAAGAUAGCAAUAACAAACUGGCAGAGGAACUCAGGGCAACAAAGACAAGAUUUGAGACUCUUCACAACGAUCAUGUUAGGCUUCAGGAAGACAGUGGAAGGCAGCGGAGGUCAUUACAAGUUAAAACCGAUGCCAGCAUAGAGUACCUCAAGCAGGAACAUGCUUUAGCAUUAUCCAAGUCAGUUGACACAAUCAGUGAGUUGGGACAACAAAUUCAGGAGUUGAAGAAGUCUUUACAAGAGAGUGAACAGCAACGUCAACGACAAUUUAGAGAAUGGGAGUCAAUCCAGAAGCAAGACAAAAUGCACAUGGAGCACCUACAUGAAAACAAGCUGCACAGCCUCAAGAAAGAACACGAACAGGAACAACAGGAAUUGAAUAGAAGGAUAAGGAAACUAGAACAAACUGUUAGUGAGAAAGAAGCACAGAUUCUUAAAUGUACUGAAGCUCAGAAGGCACAGGCUCAGCAGUCACAGCAAGCAAUUGAGGGUUUCAGAGCCCAGGUGGAAAAGAACUCAUCAAAGAUGUUUGAUGAUAUGAAAGAACAGAUGAUUCAAGUAGAGGCUGACCUCCAGAGGUCAAAAUCCCUUCGUGAACAACAAACAAGAGAAUUUACCAAACAACAACAAGAAGAGACACAAAAUUAUGAAAAAAUGCUAUCUGAUCUGAAGCUACGAUUUGAGCAAGAAAAAGUUCAGCUGCUGCACGACUACCACAUUGAAAAAGAAACAAUGAGGCAAAACCACGAUAAAGACCUAGAGACUCACGUAAGCCAGUUGCAAGGCAGACUUGAACAACAGGAGAGUCUAGCUAAAGACAGACAAGAGAAGGAUGCAAAGAAAAUUGGAAAUCUUGAGCUGCAGUUAGGUCAGAUGAAGGAAGAGCUAGUACAAAGUAAUGCCCUUCGGAAACAGCAAUUGACAGAGCUAGGGCUGAUCAGGGAAGAGGAGAAACAAACAGCACUCAGGGAAAACCAAUCAAAGCUGAAUCGACUGCAAUCUGAGUUCGAGCAGAAACGAUUGCAACAGCAGCAACAGCAUGGCAUUGAGAUUGAGAAGACAAUUGAACAAUCAAACACCAGAUUGAAAGAGAUUGAAAAAGAAUACAAGCAGAGACUUAGCAAGUCCGCAGAAACAAUAGCAGAGUUGAAAACUCUAGUUGAAGAAUUGAAAGAGAAAUUUAAAGGGGAGAAGGCCACGGCUCAAUACCAGAAAACUGAAGUGAAAAUGAAACUUCAAGAAGAGAGAGAGAACAUGAGGCGUAUCCAUGACGCAGCUGUACGAACACUGCAGAGUAGCUUGGACUCGCAGAAGAGCAAAGUAAGACAGCUGGAGAAGAGACUACAACAGAAGGAAUUUGAGCAAAAAGAACAAAUUACACAGCUGAAGCAAGAACACGAGAAUAGACUGCGAGGAUUGCUGCCACAGAGUGUCCACCAGGAACUGGAGAAAACGAUAUCUUCGCUAAAGAGUCAAGUUAACACCCUCCAGCAAAGGGCCAACGUUAUGCAAGAAGAGAUAGAUGCUCAGAACACGUCAUGACGGAUGCUAAGAAAGCACCUGAGCAUAAAACGCAUGAGGUUCAUAUUGCCAAAUGAUUUUUAAAAUUUAUAACAUUUUAUAAUGAAACUUUUGAUAAUAUUAUUUACAGGGUUUGGUCACAUUUUAAUAUUAUUAGUAAUGCACAGAUUUCAAACAUAAAAUGUCAUUGUUGUUGUUAUACAUUAAGUAAUUAUAUUGUCUUCGAUUAAGCCUAUGUACUGAUUGCUUCAAAAUAUGUUAAUGAGCAUUUUUGGAAUGUCAAUCAAACUCACCAAUGAGAACAGGGCAACGAAUACGCGUUUACCCCACAGAACGCACGUGUGUGCGACUGUAAAUUCAUGUGUUCGUUUUGUGGGACAUUGGAAUAAUAUCCAAUCGUGGCUUAGCGAGACCGACCAUCGUGGUAAUGUUCAGUGGUGAUGAUGACGACAACGAUGGUGAUGGUUACUAUGGCGAUGAUGAUGGAAAUGACAAUUUGACGAUGAUGAUUUGAUUUUAUUCCAUUUCUUUUAUUUAUAACAAAAAUGAGAAUGAAUUUCAUUUCUUUUUAUUUGCAAUGUAAGUUUCACAAUAUAAAUUUUAUGUGCAUUUUACAUGUUCUUGGGACAAUACCGUAAUAAUCCGUAUCUCGAUUUUUAUAAUGUGGAUGACUGAUACCAACAACAGUGGUGGUGGUGGUGAUGAUGUGGAUGAUGGUUGAUUUCAUUCCAUUCCUUUUAUUUAUAACAAAAAUGAGAAUGAAAUUUCUGCAUUUCUUGUUAUUUGCAAUGUACCGGUACUUUACACAAUAUAAAUUGUAUAUGCUAUGCAUUUUAUAUGUUGUGAGACAAUAAUAGUCCAUAUCUCGAUGUUAAUGAUUACGAUGACGAAGAUGAUGAUGGUGGUGGUUGGUGAUGAUAGAAUUGUGUAUGCUAUGUAUUAUAUAUGUCCUGAGACAAUUAUUCAAAUCUCAGUUUUAUAAAGAGCGUGAUGGUAAUGCCAACAACAAUGGUGGUGGUGGUGAUGAUGAUGAUGACGACGGCAAUAUGACGAUGAUAAUUUAAUUUCAUUCCAUUUAUAACACAAAUGAGAAUGAAUUUUAUUUAUAUUUAUUUUCAAUGUACUUCACACAAUAACAAAAUUGUAUGCUAUGUAUUUAUGUGUCCUCGUUUAUGACAGACCGAAUCAAACUCAAGUAACUAGGCCUAUAAUACUUAUACCCUUAUUAUACUGCCAAGUUUCGAAUAAGCGUAUGUUAAUUCCGGAGUGAUACCGGAUAAUGUCCAUUUACAUUUUCUUGCAGUGUAAAAGAGGUAUUAGUUUUUAUUUAUUUGUCCCAAGACAAUAAUUCGUAUCUCAAUUUUAUAAUGAGGAUGAUGGUGAUGCCAACAACAAUGGUGGUGGUGGUUGUGAUGGUGAUGAUGAUGAUUAUGGUGGUGUUGAUAAUUACGAUAAAGAUAAAUAUGAUGAUGACGUUGAUGGUGAUGAUGAUAGAAAUUGCUAUUUUACAUAUCCGGACACAAAAUUGUGUAAUAGGACGAUGGUGACGCCAAAAUGGCGAUGGUGCUGAUGUUACUAUGACAUUAAAGAUAUUGCUUGUGAUGAAAAGAAAUGUAAAGUUCAUUUCUUUUAAUUGCUUUUACGUUUGUUUAAGUAAUAACCAUUUCUAUGAUUUUACUGUAGUAUAAACGAUCGCUUACCAGGGAUCUGUGCUAUCGUGACCAUACAAUAAUGCGUGUUUGGCAUAAACUUCGUGUUAUGUUUUACAUUUCCAGUGAAAUGAAUGGUCGUUUAUUUUGUCUAUUUUACACCAAACACACCUCCCUAAAAACUCCGGCUUUAAAUAAUAUUCGCGCUGGUGUGUUUUAAUAAUAUUCGCGCCGGUGUGUUUUAAUAAUAUUCGCACCGGUGUGUAUGAACGAAUAGUGUACUAAUUACGGUAAUAUUUUUGUAUGAGCACUUUUAUUUUUUAAUUUGGUUUUUGAUGCGUUCAGUUUUAUCACCACGGAUAGUUAUGGGAUCAAAUAUAGUGGUAGUAUUGGUGAAUGUUUUUUGUCUUUCAUUAUGUUCUUAUUUAGCCCAUAACUAUGUGUCGGAAGGCAAGUAUCAACCACCAAUGUUCAAAACCACUCAAUGUAGCAACUGCAUCGAUUAAAAAAGCGACCCAUUUUCAGAAACGCUUUAUCGCUUGACUUUAUUUUUUACUGAAUAUUUAACACAAAAAUCGAUUAUGUACAUUAACUAUAGCGUGAAACAAAUUGCGUUCAGUGUCGACCUACUUAAAAACUGUGCCCCAUUUUCUCUUGAAUAAUAUUAUAUUCAAUUCACAUAUUGUAUGUAUUGUAUGUAAAACGCAAAUGGAUUUGGCCGUUGGAACAACACGAAUGGCCUAUCGUCGCAUUUUACAUCAAAGUAUAUUAGAACACCUCUCGGGUAUCUGCAUGUGCGUGAGUGUAUAUGUUAAUUGACAUGUGUAAUUUCAUGGUUAUUAUGCUAUCCAUAUUUUUAAUAACCAAUCUGUUUACAAUAUUUUUGUAAAUUGGAAUUAUUUUUGUGAUACGAAACGACCGUAAGAACGAUAUUGGUACUUUAUUAUUGUAAAUAUGAAAGUCGUUAAUUUCUUGAUUAAAUAAACUGGUUAUAGUUGUAUUUUAAA